CGCUCUUCAAAUUUCAAAAUCCAAUCCCACUCCAAAAAAAAAAAGAAAAAGAAAUCAUAAAAAAAAUGAGAGGUCAAGAUCCUCAAACAAUGGCACUCAACGAUCUAUGGUCAAUGAUGGUCCACUGUUUCCGGCCGCCGCCUCUCUCCAUCUCCUUCCCCACCCUCUCUCCGCCGCAGUCGCCCACGGCAUCGCGGCGCCUCCAGAUUUCUCCGACAGCUUUCGGCUUGCUGUUCAUUGGGAUUUCGAUGGCGCUGAUGCUAUUCGGAAUAGUCACGUUCUUGAUCGGAUUCGUGCUCAUGCCGCUCGUGAUCAUGCUGGUCACGCUCUUCUACUUCGCCGGGAUCGUCGCGAAGGUGUCGGAGAUCGGCCGGAGUAUCCUCUGGCCGAGCUCCGAUUGCUAUAAGGUCGCACCAGUGUGGAAUUACUCAAACUAAGACAGCAUUUUAAACAAUGGCAGCAUUUUUUUCUCUUUCUUUUCUUUUUGAGGCUUAGUGAUCAUGAUCUUGAGUGUAGGACAACAUAUACUUUUUGUAA